AUGAAGCGGGCGCUGAGCGUCCCUAGCUUUCUUUGCCCGGCCCUGGCAACCCCCCCGAACCGUGCUCUAACGCCUCGAUUACGAAAUACCUAUAUAUCCUUAGCGAAGCGCUCUUUGCACCAAUCCGCCGCACGCUCAUCCUCCUCGCAGUUCCGUCGCUCCGACUUCUCGAACCAACCUUUCACUGGCACCUACGAACCCGGUCUCCCGACCUCAGGCCCUUUAGGUGGCGUGCACCAUGGGGUUCCGCGGCUUACGCCCAAGAUGCUCAAGCAACAUCUUGAUCAGUUUGUCGUCGGUCAGGAACGGUCAAAGAAGACUCUAAGUGUCGCUGUCUUCAACCACUAUCAAAGGAUACAAGAGCUCGAACGAAGAGAUGCUGAAGAGGAAGAGCUCAUGGCUCAACGUGAGCGCAGGGAACGACAUCCCGUCGAGAGCGAGUACCCAGGCCAGCAGCCCACCAUCCGAAUGGUCGGCGGAUCACAAGAUAUGCCACGACGUGCUCCCAUCCCGCUCGUUGACACAACCCCACUUACAAUCGAGAAAUCCAAUAUCUUGUUACUUGGUCCGAGUGGCGUUGGCAAGACCUUGAUGGCGAAGACUCUGGCUAGAGUACUCUCGGUUCCAUUCUCGAUGUCAGACUGUACACCAUUCACGCAAGCCGGUUAUAUAGGCGAGGAUGCUGAGGUCUGCGUGCAUAGACUGCUUGCUGCGGCCAAUUACGAUGUCGAGCGAGCUGAACGCGGAAUCAUCUGCCUAGACGAGAUCGAUAAGAUUGCCACUGCCAAAGUCAGCCACGGCAAGGAUGUGUCCGGAGAAGGUGUUCAGCAGGCAUUGCUCAAGAUCAUUGAAGGCACAACUAUUCAGAUCCAAGCCAAGCCUGAGCGUAACGCUCCCAGAGCAGGCGGCCAGUCCCCGACCUAUCCGACUAAUAGUCCGCUUGGGUCUCCAGCUGGUGCGUCCAGCCCUCAAAAGGGCGAAGUCUACAAUGUCCGCACAGACAACAUCCUCUUCAUCUGCAGUGGCGCCUUCACCGGUCUGCAGAAGCAUAUUAUGGACAGGCUAGCUAGAGGCAGUAUUGGCUUCGGAGCCCGAGUCCGAGCGGCUUCGAGCAGUUUGGCUUAUGACGCCUCGAAAGAUCAAAAGUCAACCACCAAUGCCCCAAUUCCUAUCCGACCUGGUUCUGAAGAGGAAGCCCUGUACAAGAAGCAUCUGCCUUUCUUCACACCAGCCCCGGCACCAGAAGAGAUCAUCGAUGGUGUACCCCAGGAGCCCGCUUAUUUCAACGCUCUCGACCUGCUCACUCCGGGCGAUCUUCAAUCGUACGGCUUCAUCCCGGAACUUAUCGGUCGCAUUCCCAUCACGGCUGCUUUAGCACCGCUUACGCACACGUUGCUUCUCCGCAUCCUCACUGAGCCAAGGUCAUCCCUGCUCGCGCAAUACGUUACGCUUUUCUCACUUUCUAACAUCGAGCUUCGAUUCACGACGCCCGCACUACAUGUUGUUGCCUCCAAUGCUCUAGCAAUGGGCACUGGUGCUCGUGCACUUAGAACCGAAAUGGAGGCUAUCCUCGGAGAUGCCAUGUUUGAAGCUCCUGGUUCGAGCGUCAAAUAUGUGCUCGUCACGGAAAGGGUCGCGAAGAGAGAAGAGGGCGCACAUUAUAUGGGGCGAGGCCAAGGUGGACGUUUCCAUACCAUGAUUGCGCAGGAGGAAGGUGAAUGGGAAGAGAAGCAGAAGAAGAGAAACACUGGAUCUGGAAGUUUGCAAGCAUCCAGCUUCGAAGACUGGAGGAACACAACCACUGCUGCCGCGGGAAGUGGUGGUUGA